UGACUGACAGCGACGAAAUCUUGAAUUUUACAUACUUGUUACUCAGUAGAGAGAGAAAGCAGAGUGGUGUCAUAGUUGUUCCAAAAUAUUCUGGUGAACAUCACUAUAGAUACAUGGUAGCAGUUCAAAAUGGGCUGAAAAGAGUAAAGACACCCAAAGUCAGAUUGCAGUUGAAAGGAGACCAGGGGGUAUCUCCUGAAUAUAAUCUGAAUGAAUAUGGGAGGAAGCAUAAUUUCCUUGGGGUAGGACAGAAGAACUGGUUUCUUUUGUAUACAAAAGAGUACCUGGGAAAACUGAAGAAGGUUGUGGUGAACAUCAGUGGAGGACCAGGAGCUCAGUGGAAUGUGUUGGACAUAACAGUAUAUGAUACAGUAACUGGCUGUGAAUCCCACUUCAGCAGCAAUGGAUGCCUCACAGUGGGAUACACCACUUUGGAGUCUUGUAAGAACUACAGGUUUGGACUGCAAACUUGCCUUCUGUAUAUGUGGUCCUGUCAUGGAUGGACACGCUGUUCCAACUUGAAGUUAGCCCCUGUCCUUCUGUGGUUUAACAGCACCUUGAACUACAUGUUUGCAAACAUGCUGCUUAUCAGUACCCUUCUCAGUGCUGUUGGUGUCAUUCAGCUUGAUAGAGACAUCUUCCUCUCCAGCCUCCUUGUCAAUAUAGGAACAUUCCUUGUGAAUAGCAUAUAUGAUGUAGCAAUGUACAAUAUCAGGUGCUAUGACAGAGAGGACACUGGUGACACUGUGCUGCAGAGCCUGGAAGAUGAGCCCCAGUAUGAUGACAUUUGCACAAUCAGUGAUGGAAAUGUGGAGACAGGUGAAACAGGUGGCUUAUGA